UCGAAAGAGAUUUUUUAGUUAGGGUUAUUGGCUCAAUUUUUCAAUUUAAAUCGGAGAAAAAUGGAAGAAAUGGGGAAACUAGUGAACUUGCAAAGCAUUCUCUCUUUCAUCGAGGAACGUCACCUCUCUUCAAAUCACCAGGACUCUGAUCGUUUCCUAGCUGAGUUCACAAUGUUCAUGGCAAAGCAAUGCGGGAAUCUCACAAUGGAGGCGAAGUUCAGUUUGAUAUCCGAUUAUCUUCCUAAGAUUUCACCUGCAGUUCUCGAGGAAGCUGCAUUGUGUCUUACUGGAGAAGGUGUGCAAUUAGGUCAUCAACAAAAUUGUGUUGAUCUUCCUACUGAAGUGUACUGUGAGAGCGAAUCCAAUGUUGAUGUAAUGGGAGGUGAUGUUGAAGAUAUGGCGAUGGUUGGAUUAGAGUCAAUGCAGCGAGCAAAUUCCACUCUUGAGGAUUUUUGUAGGUUUUACUUUAUAUUUCAUGAGAUGGAUGUGAAAAAACCAGAAUUGGUGUUCAAGUACCUCCCAAUGCUUUCAUUUACUGAAAGUUACAUUUAUCAGCUUGAUAGCUAUAAUGAACGAAUAUUACAUUUAUCAAUGACUGCUGGUACAACUGAUGCUAAAAAGCCAGAACGUAAUCAUAUAAUGAAAGGUCAUCUCCUAAAAGUUAUUAAAAAUGAUCCAUUUGGACCUCUCUUCAGUGUACUAGAAGAUCAUGGCCUUAUGACAGAACGAAUUAGAGCAGAGCUCAGGUCUGGGGAAGAAUAUUGGCUUCUAGAGAGGAAAUUAUGUAAUUCACUAGCGGCCAAGCAACAGGUUUUGAUUGAAGACGUGAUGAGAGCAAUUCAUCUAAAAUCCUUCGAUUAUCGGGUUUUGAAUCUUUUGUUGUAUCAGCUAAGGCGAACAAAGGUUAAUGACUUACAUAUGAAAUUUCUAUCAGUCUCCGAAUUCCUUGUCGAGGUAUCUGAUGACCUGUUUGAUUAUGAGGAUGAUGUGGUAGAGAACAGCUUCAACAUUCUGCGUAUGUUUGUGGGAAUUUAUGGAGCUUCUAAGGCUCCAUCCAUGUUGGCACAAUGCAUUACUGAGGCUGAAGAGAAGUAUGUAGGCCUUUCAAAAACUUUGGAGGAAAAUCUUUCCUUGAAUUGCUGGCGAAGAUGUGAAGAAGCCACAAGAGAAGGUGGGAAGAAUUCAGUACAUUGUUUUGGGACAUGGCAUAUACCAACUGUGAUUUCAGAUGAAGGACUUUAUCGACUAAAUAACACUCAGAAUUGACUAGACAGCUGAUUUUUGGCAUUGGGAUGUUAGAGUAUACUACACCGUUUAUGGUUCUUAUAUUUGAUCGUGGGUGAUUCUUGAUUAACAUGAUAUUAGGAAGAUAAUGAUAAUUGAUUAUAUAUUGUAUAAUCAUUACCAUUGGAUUUGUUGUAUUGAAAAGAGCACAUUGAAAGCACUAAAAGCUGUCAGAUGUAUAAAAUCACAGCUAGUUGCAAUGUAUGGCUAUAUCCA